CAGAAUUUGUGCGCAGUUGGUUCCCGGGCCGGGCUGUUAAAUGGUGGCACCGUGAGGGACAUUGGAUGACUUUGUGCUGUUUUUAGCCGUUCUACAGUAGCGACUCCAUUCAUUUAGACAGGCAGCGGUCGCCUGAACCAUGGAGGCUCUUAUUCCUGUUAUUAACAAGCUGCAGGACGUGUUUAACACAGUGGGCGCGGAUAUUAUCCAGCUGCCGCAGAUCGCAGUGGUGGGAACGCAGAGCAGUGGGAAAAGCUCUGUUUUGGAGAGUCUGGUGGGCCGGGACCUCCUGCCCCGUGGGACAGGCAUCGUCACCCGCAGACCGCUCAUCCUGCAGCUGGUGCACGUAGACCCAGAGGACCGCAGAAAGACGAGUGAUGAGAACGACCCCAAUGCCUGGAAAAAUGGACACCUUUACAAAGGUGUGGACGGUGAGGAAUGGGGCAAAUUCUUACACACCAAAAACAAGAUCUACACAGAUUUUGAUGAAAUCAGACAAGAAAUUGAAGCUGAAACAGAAAGAGUUUCUGGCAACAACAAGGGCAUUAGCGAUGAGCCCAUCCACUUAAAGAUCUUCUCCCCUCAUGUGGUUAACCUCACUCUGGUGGAUCUGCCUGGUAUCACCAAGGUUCCUGUUGGUGACCAGCCCAAAGACAUUGAGAUCCAGAUUCGUGAGUUGAUCCUGAAGUACAUUAGCAACCCUAACUGCAUUAUCCUGGCAGUCACAGCUGCCAACACAGAUAUGGCCACCUCUGAGGCCCUUAAAGUGGCCCGGGAAGUCGACCCUGACGGCCGAAGGACGUUGGCUGUAGUGACAAAGCUGGACCUGAUGGACGCUGGAACAGAUGCGAUGGAUGUGCUCAUGGGCCGAGUCAUUCCUGUCAAACUGGGACUCAUAGGAGUUGUCAACAGGAGUCAGCUAGACAUCAACACCAAGAAAUCCGUUGCUGAUGCCAUUCGUGACGAGUAUGCCUUCCUCCAGAAGAAGUAUCCUUCCUUAGCCAACAGAAACGGAACCAAAUACUUGGCCAGAACGUUGAACAGGUUGUUAAUGCACCACAUCCGGGACUGCCUUCCAGAACUGAAGACCCGUAUCAAUGUUCUAGCUGCUCAGUACCAAUCUCUACUCAGCAGCUAUGGAGAGCCUGUUGAUGACAAAAGCGCUACUCUUCUGCAACUCAUAACCAAGUUUGCUGCUGAGUACUGCAAUACUAUAGAGGGAACAGCCAAAUACAUAGAGACAGCUGAACUGUGUGGCGGUGCAAGAAUUUGCUAUAUUUUCCAUGAGACGUUUGGUAGGACGCUGGAAUCAGUAGACCCCCUCGGUGGGCUCACAACCAUAGAUGUUCUCACAGCUAUCAGAAAUGCUACGGGUCCACGUCCUGCUCUGUUUGUGCCAGAGGUGUCGUUUGAGCUGCUGGUAAAGAGGCAGGUGAAGCGCCUAGAGGAGCCCAGUCUCCGCUGUGUGGAGUUGGUGCACGAGGAGAUGCAGAGGAUUAUUCAGCACUGCAGUAACUACAGCACCCAGGAAUUACUGAGGUUUCCAAAGCUACACGAUGCCAUAGUUGAAGUGGUUACAUCUCUCCUGAGAAAGCGUCUUCCUGUUACUAAUGAGAUGGUUCAUAAUUUGGUGGCUAUUGAGUUGGCGUACAUCAACACAAAGCACCCAGAUUUCGCAGAUGCUUGUGGACUCAUGAACAACAAUAUUGAGGAACAGAGGCGGAACCGAAUGAGGGAACUUCCUUCAGCGGUACCACGUGAUAAGUCUCUGAAGGGUCCCGGUGGGCAAUCUCUGUCCCCCAGUGAUCAGCCCCAGGCUGAUGGUGAUGCCCUCAAGGCGGUAGGCCCACAGGGGGAUCAGGAAACAGGAACAGGGAACUGGAGGGGGAUGCUGAAGAAAGGAGAGGAAGGCCAGCCAGAAGAUAAGUUUAAACAGCAGGGUCCUCUACCAGCCAGCCCACAGAAAGGUCAUGCAGUUAACCUGCUUGAUGUGCCUGUCCCGGUUGCCAGGAAACUCUCUGCUCGUGAGCAGAGAGACUGUGAGGUUAUUGAGAGGCUCAUCAAGUCCUAUUUCCUCAUCGUGCGCAAGAACAUCCAGGACAGUGUGCCAAAAGCAGUGAUGCACUUCUUGGUAAACCAUGUGAAGGACAGUCUGCAGAGUGAGCUGGUAGGACAGCUGUAUAAAUCAGCACUGCUGGACGACUUGUUGACUGAGUCGGAGGACAUGGCCCAGCGCCGCAAUGAGGCUGCAGAUAUGCUCAAGGCCUUGCAGAAAGCCAGUCAGGUUAUUGCUGAGAUCCGGGAAACACACCUGUGGUGAGGGUCCCUGCGUGCUGCACAGCUCCCCCAUCGCCCUGCCCACUGUCUGCGCUCAGUCCUGCCUCGCAGACCUCUCAGACAGCCAACUUGAAAAUGCACUGGUGUCAGUUUGUGUGUGAAUAUAUAGUUUUAUUAUGUUACAUGCCGUGGACUCUCAUUGAAGUACACUGAGGGCAGCACAUAUCAUCCUGUCACACCCGCACACCGUCCUCUAGAGUAGCGUCUCAGAAAUCUCCAGUAUAUUCAGUAUACAACCACGUUAGCCUCAUUUCUGUGUGCGGCCUACCAAGCGAUGUGUGUCCCAGAUGUAGCUUCGAUUAAAGGUAGUGAUGUAAAAAGAG